UCGUAAGAUUUUGAAAUCGAUUAUCUCUUUUUGAAAAGGAUUGGAAGCAUAAGCAAAUUCUAUUUUUGAAACUCAGAAGAAAUAUGAAAAAAUCAAGAAAUGAUGAAUUAAAAUUGGACGAAGGAGAGAAACAAUUGCUGCAGAACGGCAAAAUAACAAAGAAAAAAGAAAAAUUAAGGAAAAAACCUCCUCAAGAAGUUGGUGCAAACACUUUACAACAACUAAGUUCGGUGAAAGUGAAAAAUGAGCUCUUGGAAGCUAAGAACAUGUGCAAUUCGGGAAAGGAGAUUAAAUUGAAACAGUUAAAGAGAGGUGAAACGGGAACCGGUAAGAAACAAUCUAGCGACAUUGAAAGAAAGGAAACCGCCGCCGCUAAAUGGCACCAUAGUAAAGGCAAGUAUGAUGACACUGAAUUGAAGAACAUAAUUGUUGAGAAAAAGCUGAAAACCGAAGCUGGCACAUCAGAUAACAACGUCCAAGAGGAAUCAACUAAUGAUAAAAAUGGAAGCCUUAAUACUGCUGGGAUGAAGAAAUUUAAGAAAAAGAAAGCAAAAAAAUUAAUCAAAACUGAAGGUAGUGAAGGCAAAUUGGAUGAUAUAAACACUAAGAAAAUGACUAUUGAAAACCUUAAUCCUACUGAAACGAAGAAGUUUAAGAAAAAGAAAGCAAAAAAAUUACCUAAAACUGAAGCGAAUGAAGGCAAAUUGGAUGAUAUAAAAGAUAAAAAAACGGGUAUUGACAUAAGCGAAAACCUUAGCGCUGAUCAAAUUAAACUUUUGGAAAAGAAGAAAGCAAAAAAAUUGGCCGAAAAACGAAAGAAAGAAUUGAAAAGGUUGAAAUUGAAAGAGCAACAGCCGGAGAAUGCUUCCCUUCUAAACAAAUCAUCAGGCCAAGAUAAUGCAUCUCAAUCGUCUAGCAAGAUUAAAAAUUCCAAUAUCUUAAAUCAGAAGAACGUGAAUAUGGAUGAAUCGCUUGAUCAAAAUGACAAUGAAGAGAAUAAAGAGGCAACGAUUAUUAAGCGAAUGAAACCGAAAAGCCUUAUUGAUAUACGAUUGGCAAAAAAGCAAAGGAGAGCUGAGAAACGUGAAAAGUUGAAAGCACAGAGAGAGGAGGAAAAACGCUUAAGAGAUCCUACAGUUGAAGCCGCCACAGUUUUCGUAGGCAAUUUACCAGUUAACGUGAAACGAGUUCAAUUGUUGCGUGUUUUCAAAGACUAUGGGCCCGUCAAUUCCAUACGUUUCCGCACGGCUGACGGUAAAACGUGUAUGAAUAAUAAAAUACGUAAGAAAGCAGGUUCAUUAAACGCUUACAUAGUCCUUAAAGACAAAGAGAUAGCUGAACAAGCCUUGUCCCUAAACGGCGUUGAAUUCAAAGGCAAUCAUCUAAGAAUUACGCGAACCGAUAUAACCACCUUAUGCAAAGCGCCUACCAAUACGAAACGAACGAUUUUCGUCGGCAAUUUAAAAUAUUCCACAACCGAUGAUGCUUUACGUGAAAUAUUUAGCAGUUGUGGCGAAAUUGAUUAUAUUCGCUGCAUGCAAGGCGUCGGAAAGGGAUGUAAAGGCGUCGCCUAUGUCUGCUUUAAAUCCCCUGAUGCAGUUGGGUUGGCAUUAGAGUUAGAUGGAACUAUGUUAGAUGAACGGCCCAUCCAUGUGGAACGAUAUAAUAAAAAUAAACAAGAAGCAAAAGAAGCUGGCGCGACACAAAUCAAAAAUUAUUCGAAAAAAUCCACAGCAAAAAACCUUACGUCAAACAAGCUGGUUGAUGUUAAGCAAAAGAAAAAUGAAUUCAAAGGUGUUAAAAUCGACAUCGCUAUGAAGAAGAAGUUAAAACAAAAAAAGAAAAGGUCUAAUGACGAAAUGCUGAAAUUAGCCAAAAAGAUUGCUCCGAUACCGAAGAAAUAACGCGAAGGAAGUGUUACAUUGCAAUUGCAGAUAUAUAUCCGCCAAAAGAAAAAAAAAAAAAACAAAAGUAGUUAUGUUUGUCUUGAGAAAGAUCUUCAAAAGAAAAUAUUUGUGUCAUGGUAGUUGAUCUCCCUUGAUAUCACCUCUUAGCUCAUAUUCAAAUAACCAUGCGACACUGUCGAACAUAGCAGCAUGGAAUCAAUUUUUGUUUCGAAUUAAAAGGUGCACUUUUAUGAAUGCGAUUGUUCGCUUGAAUAUGCUUAUACAACGUAAGAACCCUUUAAAGACAAAUAUGUUGUAUUU